GAGAUGUGGCACGCCUUGAGGAAGGUCCUGUUCCUGUCCCUGGUGGCUGGGGGCGCUCUCGCCUACGACGUCCUCUAUCAAAGGAUGCUUCAGGGGAAAGGAGUGACGGUAGAAGGGACUUACCAAACGUAUAUUCUCAGCUGGUCGAGGUGCGCUGCCAUCUGUAGCAUGCGUGGCACGUGCCUCUCAUGGACGCACGACACAGCCACCCAGACGUGCAAGGUCUACACCCAAAUGGCGCCCGUGGGCUUCCUGCCGAGCGCCCCGUCCUCCGUGGGGGUCUACGCCGACCUCAGCGGCGGGUACUUCCUUCUCAACACGGCUCCGGGGACUGGCUCGACGUGGCUUGAAGGCCAGGCACAGUGCGCCGCCCGCAAUGGCGUCAUCGCCUUCGUCGGUUACGAGAAGAUCAAGCUCCUUCUGCAGAGCGUUCAGCACUCCAUGGCCUGGAUGGGACUCAUUUACGACACCACAGCCGGCGUCUGGAGGGACCACCUGGGCAACGUUCCCCAAAACCUUUACUGGAAAGCUGGGGAGCCCGACGGAGUCAACGUCUACUCCUACUACACGGUCUGGGGAGAAGGUCUUGUGGCCAUCUACGGGACCAUAUGGGACGAGAAGGCCACUCUUUGUGCUUACGUGUGAGCCGGCGUUGAGGCAUCGGCGUGUGGUGGUCAGUACUUGUC